AUGGCCUUCAGUGAAUCCGAAGUGAAUCUCUGUGCAACCGUUGCCACACUUUGCAUCACGUCCAGCAUUGUGGCCUUGGUGGUCCUCUUCAUCCAAAAAUGGAAGCUGGAGAGACAGUUUGCGGCAUUUCCAACAGACCCCGAAAGGCACUGGUUCCUGGGCAGUCUUUCUAAGUUCACUGCUGAUGAGAAGGAACUCGAGUGGAAAAGGGAGGUUGUGAAGAGAUGUGUCACUGCAUCUGUACUAUGGGUGGGACCUAUUAGGCCGAUCAUUAGCGUGUACCACCCUGACACGGUCAAAGCUGUCCUUAGCACAGGAGAACCCAAGGCAGAAUUCACAUACUCUUAUAUACGUCCCUGGAUUGGAGAUGGGCUACUCUUAUCAGCUGGGAAGAAAUGGGCAAGGAACAGACGCUUACUGACACCCGGCUUCCACUUUGACAUUUUGAAGCCGUAUGUGGACAUCUUUCAACAGUCUGGCAGCAUACUUGUGGAGAAGUGGAAAGCAGCCUGUGGUGGUAAGAAGACUUCAAUGGAGAUGUUCAGUAACAUGAGCCUGCUGACAUUGGACAGCCUCCUCAGGUGUAUAUUCAGUGUGGAGACCAACUGCCAAACGGUUGAAAAUCACCCCUACAUCAAGGGCAUCUAUGACAUCUCCAUCCUGGCUAUGGAACGUUUUCGCUUCCUACCUUUCCACUUUGACACAAUCUUCCAGUGGAGUCCCAGUGGGCGACGCUUCCACAAAGCCUGCAAUACAGUCCAUAACUACUCGCGGGAUAUCAUCCAGAAGCGAAAGAAUGCACUGAAAGAAGAGGCUGCCAAGGGGCAAACAAGACACAGGAAAUACAUCGACUUCUUGGACAUUCUGCUUUGCGCUAAAGCUGUGAAGAAACGCCGCUUCGAUUGGGAUCCAUCCCCGAUGAUGACGACCCUCCAGUCUGUCUCGGAGGCCUUUACCUUUCUCGCCCGCAAGAUAGACAAUGCGACAAAGGCACCCAACCCGAAUCCCCUCCCGGCUGUCUCUCCUACUUCACAAGGGACAUUCUCAGACGCUAAAGUGGUCUCUGUUGUCCUGCCAGAUCCGUUCCCCCAGCGGGACCCAGCUCCAGAUCAUGUCUCAGAUCAUGGUGGCUCUGUCCCUUGUCAUUGCAAUUAG